AUGGUCAAAAGCCUGACCAACAUCCUCGUUCACUUAAUAGCAGUCAAAAACUGUUUUGAACCAGCACGGCGUAGCACAGCUCUGCGCGCGGCACAGUCGAUCCCCCUGUUGACAGUGGAACAGAACUCCGCAGGACUGAUGGCAGACGCAUUGGACCUCGAGAUUGUGAUCAUUGGGGCAGGUGCGACAGGGUUACUGCUCGCCCAGGGAUUGAAACUCAAUGGCAUCAAAGCCACCGUCUACGAACGAGAAGAAGCAUCCACAUAUCUCACGCGACCUCGAGAAUGGGGAAUGACCCUCCACUUUGGCCAAGAAUACCUGUCCAAAUGCAUACCGCCGGAACUCAUGUCUCGCCUGAAUGAAGCAUGCUGCGACUCAUUCUAUACUGGCAAACACACCUCCUGGCCAAUGUUCGAUGGCCGGACGGGCGAGAAAUUCUUCGACAUGCAAGGUUUCAAUCCUCUACGGGUCUCUCGCCGCAAGCUUCGCGCUCUCCUUAGCGAAGGCAUAGACGUCCACUUUGGCAAGAAAGUCGUGUCAGUAUCGCGCUCGAGCAGUUCCGCGACUGCCACUUUCGCCGACGGUAGCACCGCCACCGGUGCUCUUAUCAUUGGCUGCGACGGCGUCCAUUCCUCCGUCCGCGAAGCCCUUGUCGGGAGAGACCUUGCCGUCAACUCACCCAUCGACAUCCAAAUGUUCAACGCCUGCUGGACGCUUCCCGCCGAUGUUGCUCUCCUGCAACGCAAAGCCCAUCCCAUCUUCCGGAUCGGCUACCACCCCAUGGGCAUGUCCUGGGUGACCGCAAUUCAAGACGUACGCGACCCCAACGACCCAGCCACGUUCCUUUUCCAACAAUGUCUCUCAUGGCCCGGCAGACCACAUGCCGAAGACUUUCCCGACCAAAAAUCCAAAAUUGAUUUUAUUAAGGAAAAGGCCCUAGCUUACGCUGAACCCUGGAAAAGCGCGGGUCUCAGUAUCCCUUCCGACCUACCGCUCCAAGUCGACCCGGUCACAGUAUGGAAGCCAGAUAUGGACUGGACCUCCUCCCCCCUCUGGCCGCACGCCACGCUGGCGGGAGACGCCGCACACAACAUGCCUCCAUUUCGUGGCCAAGGCUUGAACAAUGCGUUCCAAGAUGCUGAGAAAAUUGUGUCGGAACUGUUCAAUGUGACGGAAAAGAAGAAGUCGCUCGAGCAGGCGGUGAGAGCAUAUGAGGAGGAAAUGAAGACGAGGAGUCUGAAGGAGAUAGAGGUCAGUUUGAUGCAGAGCAGGAUGGUGCAUAAUUGGGAGACACUGAUGAUGGCGCCGAUGAUGAAGGCGGGAAUGCAUGCGUAUAGAGAGGAGGUCAAGGACAAUGUGGAGACGGCAAGCGGUGGCGAGGCGGUGAUCGUGAAUAGUGCUUGA